AGCGCCUUAGUUGCAUUCGGCGCGAGUUAGUUGCGGUUUAAGCGGCGAGCGGUGCGCAUCUAUAAUAGUUCAAAAACGGCAAGAAAAUAUCCCUAAACUUUGAAGGACUUUGUACCUCCUAGCCUCGAGUGAUUGGGUUCCCAACGAAUUUCAAACCAGACCUUAAUCUGUACGCAAUAAAAUUCGGUCGCGUCGGUGCUAAGCAAAUAGUAUUUUGUGAUAUCAUAAUGCCCAGAGUCGUGUGAUAAGUGAAUUAAAUCGCUGGGAUAAAGCCAAGAGAGCGCGAACUUCAUCGCACACUGACUAACACAAUUCACGCAAUUUGUGGUUAAAAUCAUCAGCAACUUCCGCAUAUCCACACACACAAUAGCUUCCAAAAUAUUCAAUAAGAGACAAUCGUGACCAAAAAAAAACCAGCCAGCAACAAUUGGGAUAAAAACCAAAACAAUAACCUCAAAUUGAAUGAGCGUAAGCCAUAAUUAUGACCAAAUGAGCCAGCCCACAAAAACAACAGUAAUAGCAACAAAGAGGCCAAGCAGAACCAACAACAAAAUGAGGGUUGUCAACAGCAGAUUCACAGAAAUAUCUCGCUUAACAGUCAUCUUAACAGUGCUGCUGCAGUUUGUGAGUCACGCCAGUGGCUUGCAAACCGUAAACGAAUCAGCAGCAGAAAAUACAAUAUGUCUGUACCAAGAACACAACACCACUUACCGAAAGGAGAUUGGAGCCGUGUGGUUUGCGGCCAGAGAUCCUUGUUUGGUGUAUUCCUGUGCAGCUGGUGUGGCCAAGGAUCCACAGGCUCAUAUUGUGGUGACCCAGGUCGAUUGCAAUGAGUUCUACUGCGAAGUGGGCUCUGAGCUGCGCAGUGUGGAAGGCAGUUGUUGUGGGGAGUGCGUGAGGACCCACUGUCAGCACAAUCAUACCCUUUAUGCCGUGGGUGAGUCCUGGCACAAUGACGCAGAUUGCACUCUUCUCGAGUGCGGUCGUCUGGAUAAUGGCCAGAUCAUCAUGAACACAUACAAAAGAAGCUGUCCGGCAUUGACUGAAGAUUGUCCAGCCUCGAGGUUAGAGGUUCGCAAUUGUUGUCCCUACUGCAGACCACUCCAAACAGCCAGGAUUGAGGAGCUCCAGGAUACUGAUGAGGAAAGCACAGAGGAUAUUUGGACAGCCGAAUGGUAUCGCAAGCAUCCAUGUAAUCGGGAUUGUCAGAUCGGUGCCGAACCCAUGACCUGUCGCUAUACUUUUGUGGUCGAGUGGUACCAGACCUUUUCGAAAGCCUGUUACGAUUGUCCUCGGAAUCUAACGGACUGCUCCCGACCUCAUUGUGUCAUGGGUGAUGGUCUAGAGCGAAGUAUCACCGUGGUAAACCGCAUGAUGCCGGGACCGGCGAUUGAAGUUUGCGAGGGAGAUGAGAUAGUGGUGGAUGUGAAGAAUCAUUUGCUGGGCGAGAGUACCUCGAUACACUGGCAUGGUCUGCACCAGAAGAAGACCCCCUAUAUGGACGGGGUGCCCCACAUCACCCAGUGUCCAAUUACCCCACAUGCGACCUUCAGAUAUACCUUCCCUGCUGACCUCUCGGGCACUCACUUCUGGCACUCGCACACUGGAAUGCAGCGAGGAGAUGGUGUGUUCGGUGCUCUGAUCAUCCGGAAACCCAAGGCUGCCGAACCUCAUGGCGGACUCUACGACUUUGACCUCAGCGAGCAUGUGAUGAUUGUCCAGGAUUGGAUACACGAUACGGGAGCCAGCAUUUUUUCCUAUCAUCAUCACUCCAGGGGUGACAACAAACCACACAAUCUGCUUAUAAACGGAAAAGGACGUUAUUACAACCGCAUUUGGGCGGAAGCCAAGCAAACCCAUCGCCGAACUGAGGAGAGGACCACACAGGCAUUGGAUCCACUGCCCAAAUCCCAGGUGGAUUUCGUUCAAACUCUACCGAGGCAAGCUCGUUUGGCUAAGAGUAACACCACAAAACUAUUUCCCGUGAAUUCCCGCCAAAAGAGGGGUAAUCUGAAUGAGAUACCCUUGGAACUAGUACCUCAUCAAGUCUUUUCUGUGAGGAGAGGUUUUCGCUACCGCUUCAGGAUUAUAAAUGCGGAGUACCUUAACUGUCCGAUUGUGGUUUCCAUAGAUGGUCACAAUCUAACAGCAAUUAACUCAGAUGGCUUUGAUAUCGAGGCAAUGGAUGUAGGUUCUAUUGUUACUUAUUCCGGGGAGCGAUUCGAUUUUGUGCUGAAUGCCAAUCUCGAGGUGGGAAAUUAUUGGAUUCGGUUGAAGGGAUUGAUGGACUGCAGCGAAGUCUUCACCUCCGCCUUCCAAGUGGGCAUCCUCCGCUAUGAAGGAGCUCCGGACGAGGAGCCCACCGCAGAAUUGAGUUACGCCCACAAAGCAGAGGGCAUUGAACUGAACGUAAUGAACCGCGGUCCUGGAUAUCCGGACACCAAAACCGUCGCCGAGAUGAGGGCUCUGCCCAUCUACGAUCAUGUGUCUGGCAUCGAUCACGAUACCCUCAAGCCGGAGGCAGACUACAAGUUCUUUAUCUACUACGACUUUUACACCAAGAACAAUCCCGACUUCCACGACCAGAAUCUCUAUGCAAUGGACAUGGAAAUGACACAGGCAAACCGUCUUUACACCCCCCAACUAAAUCACAUCACCCUGAAGUUUCCCUCGCUGGCACUACUUCCCUCGAGGAGUCAGCUGAAGGAUUCCGACUUCUGCAACGAAACGAGUCUGGAGAAUCAGGGCAUUGAUUGCCGCAAAGAGUUCUGCAAGUGCCACCAUGUUCUGCAGGUGCCCUUGGGUGCAGUGGUCGAGAUGAUCAUCGUGGAUGAGGGAUUCCAGUACUACGCAAACCAUCCCUUCCAUUUGCACGGAAACGCCUUCAGAGUAAUGGCAUUGGAACGAUUGGGCGAAAAUGUCACCGUAGAAAUGAUCAAACAACUGGAUCAGUUCAAUUUACUCAAACGCAACCUUGACAACCCGCCUGUUAAGGACACCGUUACUAUUCCCGAUGGAGGCUACACCAUUAUUAGAUUCGAGGCCUCCAAUCCCGGCUAUUGGCUCUUCCACUGUCACAUCGAGUUUCAUGCGGAGAUUGGCAUGGCCCUGGUCUUCAAAGUGGGUGACGAUGAUGAAAUGGUCCCGGUGCCGGAGAACUUCCCCACCUGCGGCGACUAUAAUCCCGACUUAAAGUCUGAUAGCGGUUCUUCAGAAAAUUCGGGAUCUAGCAAGCCGACAACCGCGAAUCCACCAAAUGCUGGAGGCGGCGGAUCACGAAUGGCACCCACUUUGAUUGCUCUGCUCAGUAGUUUUGUGCUGGUGAAACUCUAUCGAUAGAAAAGGUCCUUAGAAAGAGAGCAACAACCCUUUACUUGCCAAGCGAAAUUCAGAGAUUAUUUAUUGAUGACGAGGAAGAACCUUGAGAUGAAAGUUGAUUUUGAUUGAUAUAGAAAAAUACUUGUUCUCUAGCAUUUGUAUAUAUUCCAUAGCACGCAUCGUUGUAACCAAAACAUCUGUGAUUGUCUAAGAAAGUGUUUAAAUAAGUAAUUUGAAAAUGUAAUAAAUAUUUAAUAAUGUUUUCUUAAGAA